AUGAAGAAGUUCUCUUUAUUAACACCAGAUAAUGUUGAGACUGUUUAUUCUCUUGUUUACAUCAUUUCUGAAGUUGACUAUACAAGUGACGUUUGUGGAGAGAUAGUCAAGUUGGCUAUCAGCGAUGUACUUCCAUGGAUAUGUGACAAUCAAACGAAAAUUACUUCGAAUGAUGAAGAUAUUGAGAAGUAUGAUUUUCUUGUUCUUGUGUUAUUGGUGUUAUUCUGCAAAACAACGAUGACUGAAAAAAUGAAGAACAUAGUGCAACAAGUCAGAAAAGUAUAUGGGAGUGAAGCUGGGGAGAUUACCGAGUAUUGCGAUAAGUUACUAAAUUAA